GCAAUGUGUAUGGUAUACUGUAACAUAAUGAAAAACCAUCACCCCUCACAUCACAAUUGUCGUCUGCAGUCGCCGCCGACACUGUGAUGUCGAUCUCGCAGUUCUACAUCCUCAGCAGCCGCGGGGACUCGAUCCUCUUCAGCGACUACCGCGGCGACGUCCCUAGUGACAGCUCGGAAGUGUUCUUCCGGAAGGUCAAGUUCUGGGACAAGGGUCACGCGGCGCCGCCGUCGUUCCACGUCGACGGGGUCAACUACUUGUUCGUGAAAAAGAACGCGCUGUACUUUGUGGCCACGACCCGGUUCAACAUCUCGCCGAGUUACAUCCUCGAGUUGUUGACGCGGCUGUGUCGUGUGUUCAAGGACUACUGCGGCGUCUUGACCGAGGAAACGCUGCGCAAGAACUUUACGCUGUGCCUCGAGUUGCUAGACGAGACGUUGGACUACGGGUAUGCCCAGGACACGAGCACCGAAGGGCUGAAAGCGCAUGUCCACAACGAAGCCAUCCUCGUGGGCGAAGCGGCCAUGGCCAAGGCCGCGAACAACUCGAUGUUCAAAUCGAACGUGAAAGCGGCCGUGUCGGCGCACAAACCAGUCGCCAACGCCAAGGCGGGCGCGUCCAGCAAGGACAAGCAAGUGAACGAACUAUUUUGCGACAUCCUCGAGCGCCUCAACAUCGUGUUCUCGUCCAGUGGAGCGAUCCUGAACUCCUCCGUGGAAGGGCGCAUCCAAAUGAAGUCGUACCUCGCUGGCAACCCCGAGCUGCGCCUCGCCCUCAACGAAGACUUGAUCGUGGGCGGAAAUGCUUCCAUCAACCACUCGGGCUACGGCCAAGUCGUGCUGGACGACGCCAACUUCCACGAGUGCGUCCAGCUGGACGAGUUUGAGCGUGACCGCGUGCUUGUGUUCACGCCCCCGGACGGCGAGUUCACGGUCAUCAACUACCGCCUCACAGGCCGUGACUUCCGCGCGCCAUUCCGCGUCUUCCCUGUCGUCGACGAAAUCUCGCCGACCAAGAUUGAAGUCACCGUCAAGAUCCGCGCCGACAUGCCAGACAACAACUACGGCGCCAACGUGAUCGUUCGAUUCCCAGUUCCCCAAAACACAAUCGCUGUCUCAUGCGACGACGUGGGCAAAAAAGCCUCGGGAAACCAGCUGGCCGAAUUCCGCCAAAGUGAACACCAGGUGCGCUGGGCCAUCAAGCGAUUCCCUGGCGGCGCAGAGAUGACACUUCGAGCCAAGAUCACGCUGAGCGCGCCGAGCCCCCACGUCCGCCGCGAGAUUGGACCUGUCUCGAUGAACUUUGAAAUCCCCAUGUACAACGUGUCGACGCUUCAAGUGCGGUACCUCCGCAUCCCCGACCACGCGCGGCACCCCAACUACCAGUACAAGCGCUGGGUGCGCUACGUCACGCAGUCCAACUCGUACGUGUGUCGGAUUUAGUAUCCAUAAAAUACACAAAUAGUACAAGUAGUAGUAGUACAAGCCAAUACUAGUACUAGUAGUAAUAGUAGUUAGUGGUCUCAUAUUGGGAAAAAAAAAGGGAGAAGAGAGCG